CGCGCGCGCGUGGCCAGGCGGCCGGGCGACGGGUGGCGGGGAGCCGCCCCCGCCCGCGCCCCUCGGCCCUCGCCAUCCCCCUCCGUGCCUAGCAGAGAGGUGCGGCCUGAACCGGCGGCGAUGGCUAGCGCGCCCCUACCCGGGGCCUCCGCGCCGGCGGGUGGGGACGGCCCGAACCUCAAUAACAACAACAACAACAACAACCACAGCGUGCGCAAGUGCGGCUACCUGCGCAAGCAGAAGCACGGCCACAAACGCUUCUUCGUGCUGCGCGGCCCCGGCACGGGCGGCGACGAUGCAGCCGCGGCUGGGGGGUCGCCGCCGCUGCCACCGAGGCUGGAGUACUACGAGAGCGAGAAGAAGUGGAGGAGCAAGGCGGGCGCGCCGAAGCGAGUGAUCGCGCUCGACUGCUGCCUGAACAUCAACAAGCGCGCGGACGCCAAGCACAAGUACCUGAUCGCCCUCUACACCAAGGACGAGUACUUUGCCGUGGCGGCGGAGAACGAGCAGGAGCAAGAGGGCUGGUACCGCGCGCUCACCGACUUGGUCAGCGAGGGUCGCUCUGGCGAUGGGGGCUCGGGCACCGCGGCCAGCGGCGGGUCCUGCAGCGCCUCUCUCCCGGGCGUCCUGGGCGGCUCGGCGGGUGCCGCUGGAUCCGAUGACAACUACGGGCUCGUGACACCCGCCACGGCAGUCUACCGCGAGGUGUGGCAGGUGAACCUGAAGCCCAAGGGCCUGGGUCAGAGCAAAAACCUGACGGGUGUAUACCGUCUAUGUCUGUCUGCGCGCACCAUCGGCUUCGUGAAGCUCAAUUGCGAACAGCCGUCGGUGACGCUGCAGCUUAUGAACAUUCGCCGCUGCGGCCACUCAGACAGCUUCUUCUUCAUCGAAGUGGGCCGCUCGGCCGUCACCGGCCCCGGCGAGCUGUGGAUGCAAGCCGACGACUCGGUGGUGGCGCAGAACAUCCACGAGACCAUCCUGGAGGCCAUGAAGGCGCUCAAGGAGCUCUUUGAGUUCCGGCCUCGCAGCAAGAGUCAGUCGUCCGGGUCGUCGGCCACGCACCCCAUCAGUGUGCCGGGCGCGCGCCGCCACCACCACCUGGUCAACCUGCCCCCUAGCCAGACUGGCCUGGUGCGCCGCUCACGCACCGACAGCCUGGCGGCCACCCCGCCAGCAGCUAAGUGCACCUCGUGUCGGGUCCGUACGGCCAGCGAGGGCGACGGUGGCGCGGCAGCCGGGGCCGGGACAGCGGGAGGCAGGCCGAUGUCGGUGGCCGGGAGCCCCCUGAGUCCUGGGCCGGUGCGCGCGCCCCUGAGUCGCUCGCACACCCUGAGCGGCGGCUGCGGAGGCCGCCCGAGCAAAGUGACGCUGGCGCCGGCAGGGGGCGCCCUGCAACACAGCCGUUCCAUGUCCAUGCCCGUGGCGCACUCACCGCCCGCUGCCACCAGCCCCGGCAGCCUAUCCUCCAGCAGUGGGCACGGCUCGGGAUCCUACCCGCUGCCUCCAGGCCCCCACCCGCACCUGCCUCAUCAGCUGCACCACCCCCAAGGCCAGCGUCCGUCCAGCGGCAGUGCCUCUGCCUCCGGCUCCCCCAGUGACCCAGGUUUUAUGUCCCUUGAUGAGUAUGGCUCCAGCCCUGGCGACCUGAGAGCCUUCAGUAGCCACAGGAGCAACACUCCCGAGUCAAUCGCGGAGACCCCGCCAGCCAGGGACGGCAGUGGGGGCGAGCUCUAUGGGUACAUGAGCAUGGAUAGACCCCUGAGCCACUGUGGCCGCCCUUACCGUAGGGUCUCCGGGGAUGGGGCCCAGGACCUGGACAGAGGGCUGAGGAAGAGGACUUAUUCCUUGACCACACCUGCCCGACAGCGGCCAGUACCCCAGCCUUCCUCUGCCUCUCUUGAUGAGUAUACUCUCAUGCGGGCCACCUUCUCUGGCAGUUCAGGUCGCCUCUGCCCAUCCUUCCCGGUGUCUUCUCCCAAAGUGGCCUAUCACCCUUACCCAGAGGACUAUGGAGACAUUGAGAUUGGCUCCCACAAGAGUUCCAGCAGUAACCUGGGGGCAGAUGAUGGUUACAUGCCCAUGACCCCUGGGGCUGCCCUCAGGAGUGUUGGCCCCAGUAGCUGCAAGAGUGACGACUACAUGCCCAUGAGCCCCACCAGCGUGUCUGCCCCCAAGCAGAUCCUGCAGCCGAGGUCGGUGGCGGCAGCCGCCUUGCCACCCUCAGGAGCUGCAGUGCCAGCACCCCCUUCAGGGGCCGGCAGGACCUUCCCCGUGAACGGAGGCAGCUACAAAGCCAGCUCCCCAGCUGAGAGCUCUCCGGAGGAUAGCGGGUACAUGCGAAUGUGGUGUGGCUCCAAGCUGUCCAUGGAGAACACAGACCCAAAGCUGCUCCCCAACGGGGACUACCUCAACAUGUCCCCCAGCGAGGCUGGCAACGCGGGCACGCCACCCGACUUCUUCUCAGCAGCUUUGCGUGGAGGGGGAGAGGGCCUCAAGGGUGUCCCUGGACACUGCUACAGCUCUCUGCCCCGCUCUUACAAAGCCCCCUAUUGCAGUGGGGACAGUGACCAGUAUGUGCUCAUGAGCUCUCCUGUGGGGCGAAUCUUGGAAGAGGAGAGGCUGGAGCCCCAGGCCUCCUCUGGAACCUCCCAGUUGGCUGGCACCUUUGGGGCAGCUGGGGGUGGCCAUACCCAGCCUCACCACUCAGCAGUGCCUUCCUCCAUGAGGCCGAGUGGCGGCAGUGGCCGCCCUGAGGGCUUCCUGGGCCAGCGCUGUCGGGCAGUGCGACCCACGCGCUUGUCGCUGGAGGGACUGCAGACCCUUCCCAGCAUGCAAGAGUACCCUUUACCCUCAGAGCCCAAGAGCCCUGGCGAGUAUAUCAACAUUGACUUUGGUGAGGCGGGUACCCGUCUGUCCCCGCCUGCCCCCCCACUGCUGGCAUCAGCGGCUUCAUCCUCUUCGUUGCUUUCAGCCAGUAGUCCUGCUUCAUCCCUGGGUUCAGGUACCCCAGGCACCAGCAGUGACAGCCGGCAGCGCUCCCCGCUCUCUGACUAUAUGAACUUGGACUUCAGUUCUCCCAAGUCCCCUAAACCUGUCACCCAUAGUGGAGACACAGUAGGCUCCAUGGAUGGCCUUCUCUCCCCAGAGGUCACAUCUCCAUACCCACCUCUGCCCCCGCGUCCUUCUGCCUCCCCCUCUUCCCUGCAGCAGCCUCUGCCACCUGCCCCAGGAGAGCUCUAUCGCCUGCCUCCAGCAUCAAUUGCCACUUCCCAGGGCCCCACUGCUGGCUCCUCAACGUCCUCAGAGCCUGGGGAUAAUGGUGACUAUACCGAGAUGGCCUUUGGUGUGGCUGCUACCCCGCCACAACCUAUCGCAGCACCCCCAAAGCCAGAAGGUGCCCGUGUGACCAGCCCCACAUCUGGCUUGAAGCGCCUAAGUCUCAUGGAUCAGGUGUCUGGGGUGGAGGCCUUUCUUCAAGUCAGCCAGCCCCCUGAUCCCCACCGGGGUGCCAAGGUCAUCCGUGCAGACCCACAGGGGGGACGACGUCGCCACAGCUCAGAGACCUUCUCCUCCACCACCACAGUCACCCCAGUGUCCCCCUCCUUCGCCCACAACUCUAAGCGCCACAAUUCGGCCUCUGUGGAAAACGUCUCCCUCAGGAAAAGCAGCGAAGGUAGUUGCAUCCUGGGAGGAAGUGAUGAGCCACCCACAUCCCCAGGACAGGCACAGCCAUCGCCGGCUGUGCCAUCAGCCCCACAGGCUAGGCCAUGGAACCCAGGUCAACCUGGAGCUUUGAUUGGCUGUCCUGGAGGCGGCAGUUCUCCCAUGCGCAGAGAGACCUCUGUGGGUUUCCAGAACGGCCUCAACUACAUCGCCAUUGACGUGAGGGAUGAGCAGGGGUCCCUGUCGCAAUCUCAGCCACAGCAUCCACAGCCUGGAGACAAGAGUUCCUGGGGCCGGACCCGUAGCCUUGGGGGACUUCUCGGCACCGUGGGAAGCACUGGCACCAGCGGGGUGUGUGGGGGCCCAGGCCCCGGAGCCUUGCCCUCUGCCAGCACCUACGCAAGCAUUGACUUCUUGUCCCACCACUUGAAGGAAGCCACAGUCGUGAAAGAGUGACGUGCUACAGGCUCCAUCGCCACCACAUUGAACUCCGAAUACAUGCGAAGGAGAUGCUCAGCCUGUCUGCAGCCAACGCUGCUCACUUUCCUUUCAAAUGGGAGUAAUUCUACGUCGUGAGACUUCUGGGAACUGUAUUAGAUAAGGAGCCUAGAGGCAAGUCCACCUCUUCUGCCGUCACCGUCACCGUUGUUCUGUUUGCGUUGCGUUUUGUUUGUAAACUAAAUGAGUUGAUGGAGUCCGCUCCGGGAGACUGGGCGGGAUUUCCAUUCGCCUCCAUAAAGCCGGCCUCGCUGUCAGUUCUUCAUUUCCAUUCUGGCAAAGCGGAUUAAUCCCUCAGCGUGCAAGGAGAUGCUACGAUACCCAUGAGAGUGGUUAAAUCUGGUAUUAACUGGCUUACAGUCAAAACUACCACAGUCCUACCUCAGUUCAAGGUGAAGCCGGAUGGUUUGGCAGGGUACAGGGCAGCUCUGCCCCCGUGGGUCACAUGCUGACCUCCGUCUCUCCGACAAGCGGAUGUGGAUUCCAGUCCAGGUACCUGCGAUGUUUACUUACGCACAGAGCCCGGUGUGGGACUGACAACUCUCCUUGGGAUUAGACUUGAAGAUGGAUUAAUCCUCAUGAUUCCUAAACGUGACCAGAGCAGCCUCCUUUUGGAAAUCAUCAGCCGUGUUGGGGGGGUAGGGGUGGGGAAGGAUAGCUCUCUCUUUGUACCUUUAACGGACUUCUUGACGCUCUCUCGUGUCAGUACUUCAGAUGGCAAAGCCUUUUCUCCUGCCCACGAGCCUCCUGUCUGAACCCUAGCUCACAUUCCUUGAACCAAAAACUCAAUGUAGGCAUGCUCGCAGCUCAGGCUGGUUUGGUGUGGCAAUUUUGUUUUUUUGUUUUUGUUUUUUUAAAUAUAUUAUCUCUGACCUGAUGUCAUGUUGUUGGCCAACAAGGCUGCCCUGAAGAGGAGGGGAGGCAUUCCAGCCAUCGCACUAUUGACAGCAGAAGAGGAAAACCCACCUCUGUCCCUGCAUACGCUUGUCAACAGUUCUUGACAAAGACUACCCUGGUUCUGUUUUCAGUGUUCUGAAAAUGUCAGUGUUGUGGAAUUGUCUCCUGUGUCACCUAGAAGGGCUGAGCUUGCCAGCAGACUAUCAGUCACCUUGCUGCUCCAUCACAGGGCUGGAGGCCCUGCCUCCCCGCCCUCCCCCACCCCACUCCCCAGUUCCUGUCUCCUCCAUAGUCCUGUAGAGACUACACUAAUUCUUGGAAAUGUGAGUUGCUGGUUUAUUUUUUAUGUCAUUUUGUUUUUGUUUGGGAGAAAUAUAUAUAUAUAUAUAUAAAGUAUAGAUAUAUAUCACUAUAGAAUAAUGCAUUGAUAAGAAGAGGCUUUUUAGAGGAUGACCAAAAAAUUCCAUGUCUUAAAAAUCUAUUUAAUGGCAGUGCAGCUGUCUUCCUGCUUCUGUGCUGAGCUCGUAGAAGAAGGCUGUAUUGCAAGACAAAGUUGAAUGUAAAUUGACCCGCACCCUGCGCCAGUUCUCAAGGUUUACUUUUCCCUCCCGCAGUUACACAUCACAGCGGUGCACAGGUGCACAGCACUAGCGUGGAAGUCCGUUUUGGUGUGUGCCGUGCUUUGUGGAGAUGAACGUUUGAGAAUCCCCUGAGAUGUUAACUAGUGUUGGGACUAGGAGCCUGCGCCGUGUUUGCUUUGUAACUAAAUCCCCCAGGGGCAGUAGGACUGAGCCGCUGUCAGUGCUGACUGCAGCACUCUUAGGCAGAUGUGACAUGCCCUCCGUGUUCGGAGAGGUCACCACAGGACGCAGAUGGUACAUGUCCCCUGUGCAGCCAAAAGGAGCAGAACAAGACAUCAAGAGUACACUAAGUUCCCUCUCCUGUACAUUUCAAGAAGAGCAGGCAUAUGCAAUAUUUACAUCCUUCAAUUUAGUUUACAGAAUGGAACCAAAAUGUGGGAGUGUUAUGUUUGCCGCACUUCAAGCUGUAUAUUGAGUCUUUGUACAUUUUGCCUGACACUUAAUCUUAAAUUUAAACUAUUUUUUGCUAUAUAAACUUUAACAGUUAUUGAACAGUGUUUUCUUUGGGUACAUGUUGUUUCAGGAUAUCAAGAUGUUAAAUAUAUUUCUCGCUAUUGUAUUUGGACAAGAGACUCCCCUCCCUGUUGUCUUCCGCUGUACAUGCUGUAUAUAGGGGUCAUGGGACACUGCUGAAGACUGGAAUAAACUGGAGUAGAUUAGUAUGCUGUAUCUAGUCUGUAUUGACCACGAAUGCCCUCCUUAAUAGCCAUAUGCAAUAAAAUAAAAUGCAUUAUUUAUGAAAUGAA